CAAGUCGGAGAAACUGCUUCUCUUCACUGAAGACAGGACUACACAUUCCUGAAACUGAAAUCUUCACCAUGUCACACUACAAACUCACAUACUUCAAUAUGAGAGGAAGAGGAGAAAUCAUUCGCUACCUAUUUGCCUAUUCAGGCAUAAAGUAUGAAGACUACAGGAUUGAAUGGGCAGAUUGGCCCAACAUCAAACCAACUAUCCCAUUUGGCAAAGUCCCAAUUUUGGAAAUAGAUGGAGUUAUCAUUCACCAGAGUCUUGCUAUAGCAAGAUACCUGGCCAAAGAAAAUGGUGUGGCUGGUAAAACACCUUUGGAACAAGCACUAGUGGAUGCCAUUGUGGACACCAUUGAUGACUUCAUGUCAAUGUUUCCCUGGGCAGAGAAGGAUCAUGAUGUGAAACAAAGAGCAUUUAACGAUCUCCUCACAAAUGUAGCUCCUGGACUACUACAAGAUUUGGAAAAUUUCUUAGGAAACAAAAAUUGGCUGGUUGGAGAAUCUGUAACCUGGGCUGAUUUUUACUGGGAUGUGUGCAGUACAACACUUCUGUCCCUUAAAUCUGACCUGGAAGACAGCAACCCUAAACUCUGGGUCCUUAAAAGAAGAGUUCAAGCACUUCCUGCUAUUGCAGCUUGGAUUCAACAAAGACCAAAGACAAUUUUAUGAUUUAAAAUGUUUGUAUGCUUAAAUGUAUUUUACACACUACACUUUGGCUAAGCUCUUCUGAAGUUACUAAGGUACAAAGUAUACAAGAAACAUAACCAUCGUUUUCAUUCAAUCUGUCCCAUCUGCUUGGACAACUCAUUUAGACAGAAAUUAAACACCUAAUAUUCAAUUCAUGUCACUAGCACAGAAAACAAAUUUUAUUUAAUGCAGUUCUAAAAUUGCAAGCUAAAGCUCAUGAAAAGCAGGUAUGCAACUAAUUAGAAAACAGGGUGCUCAAAAUAUAAGGGUAACUUUUUGGUUUUCCAUGGUUAUAACACUGGUCAUACUUGAAUUUUGAAUGCAUUACAUAUUUUAAUUAUCUAUUGUAUUUUACUUCUGUAAAAAAAAAAAAAAAAGACAUUAUUGAACUUUGCUUAUGGAACGAUGUUUGAAAUAAGUAAAUAAAGGUAAGAUUGAGAAUGUA